AUGUCCUCCUACGAAGACGACGGCCCUUCCCCCCUUACGAGAAUCGCUCAAUUGGAGUCCUUCUUGAAUGUUGAGGUUGAGAAGUUGAAGUUGGGUGUUGAAGUUGAGAAGUUGAAGUUGGGUGUUAAGGUUGAGAAGUUGAAGUUGAGUGUUGAGGUUAAGGUUGAGAAGUUGGGUGUUGAGGUUGAGGGAGAAGUUGGGUGUUAA